CUCCUGCCCCUGCAAGGGUAGCGUCGCGUCGUGCCUGCUCGGCCUGGACGUCUUCCCCGUCCCAGGCCCGCUAAUGGGCCGGCUCGCCAGGGGAGGCUCGCGGUCGGCGCGGGUUGGUGCAGAAGCGGGGGGGCGCGUCCCACGCAGCGCGCGGGGGGCGGGGCCUCGCGCCGGGGGAGGGAAGGCGGGCAAGAUGGCGCCCAGCGAGUGAUUCGUCCUGGGUUUCGCCAGCGGUCGCUGAGGCACCAGGGCGGGGGGUUCUGUCCCCACAGCCGCCCUUCCUCCUCUCCCCGCCCCCGGAGAUCCCCCCCUUUCCCUUCCUCCCUCUACCUCAGGGGGUGGGGGGAGGCGGACCUGGUUCCCGGGACACCAUGUCGGACUCUGAGGAGGAGAGCCAGGACCGGCAACUGAAAAUCGUCGUGCUGGGGGACGGCGCCUCCGGGAAGACCUCCUUAGCUACGUGUUUUGCUCAAGAAACUUUUGGGAAACAGUACAAACAAACUAUAGGACUGGAUUUCUUUUUGAGAAGGAUAACAUUACCAGGAAAUGUGAAUGUUACUCUUCAAGUUUGGGAUAUAGGAGGGCAGACAAUAGGAGGCAAGAUGUUGGAUAAAUAUAUCUAUGGAGCACAGGGAAUCCUGUUGGUAUAUGAUAUUACAAAUUAUCAAAGCUUUGAGAAUUUAGAAGACUGGUACACUGUGGUGAAGAAAGUGAGCGAGGAAUCAGAAACUCAGCCGCUGGUUGCCUUGGUGGGCAAUAAAAAGGGUGGUGAAGGCAGACAUUGUAAACUACAACCAGGAGCAGCCCGUGUCAAGGACUGGGAACCCUCCGAGAAGCUCUUUGUGUGCGGUUCAGUGAGCGCGCUGGCUUCGGCCCGCCACCCUCCGCCCUGGGCCCGUGUGGGCCGGAGGAGCCCGGUUAUCAGUGAGCAUCUCUGGACUUCAGUUAACACUUUCCUCCCAGCUCGCUCCGCCAGCGCGUGGUGCCUCACAGCCGCAGGCAGCUCCUUGGCCGGGAAAGACCUCAGCCUCGGGACCACACACUUUGAAUUCAAAGUGGAGAGCCCAUUCUCUGGAGUUAGACUGCUUCACUGAAAAAGAAUAAUGUUGGUUCUCUUUAUGUCCUCACUUCUUUUUUCCCAGAUGUCCAUUUUUUAAAAAAUAAAUAUGAAAACUAUCCAAGCCUUGACCAUCAGCCAGCGCGCUGCCCGGCCCGGCUCCCUUCUCUUAUCGGAACUCACACCUGGCAAAGCCGGCUUCAGGGUGCAAGCGUGUAAAGGAGUCGCACGUUUCCUCUGCAGAUACGUAAGGAGGCAAUCUGCUGUCUAUCCUGAGGGAAAAUAGAGAAAGCUGUAUUUCACUGAAAAUGCUUGAAAUAAAGCUGUAAUAGAAAUACUUUUUCCGUUUUUCAAAAAGGACCUAAAUGGUUUGUAUGGUAGCUGUAGCUCACAGAGCAGUGAGUAUUUGCGCCUGUAUUGUUACGACUGCACCACAGCCAUUGUGUAAAGGUUAGCUGGCGUUGUGAGUGCGACGAAGGCCGGCUGACGCUCCACGUGGGCUUUCCUGCAAACUGCUCCCGGAACAAGCGGUGACUGUUGUUGGAUCAUUGUGGGUCAGACUGGACCUGAUGUUCAGAGUUUUUCUCCUGCUAAUAAAUCUAUUUAGAUUACUG